GUAUCCGGGCAAUAGUACCGUGCACGACGCGGCGUUGCCACGUCGCUCGGCAGUCGACAGUUUCAAAUCCUCGCAGAACAAAAACAAGUGACCUUAUUUCGUUGACACCAAUUAAUGACUAAAAAUUAAUUUACUGUGUGUUAACUACCUGUGAUAUAUAAAAAUAAACUCUUAAUUAUUUACUAUGAAUGAAGAAAAGUUAAUCGGACUAGUGCGACAUUACGUAUUUUUGUACGACACAUCGCAUCCAAAGUAUAUGGAUAGUACGAAAAAAGACGCUGCGUGGAAUGAAAUCUCUCAACUUUUAAACCAACCAGCUUCCGCCUGCAAACACAAAUGGCAGGGUCUAAGAGAUGCAUACAGAAGGGCAGUAAACAAAAGGAAACUGCGAAUGUCAGAAGAGCCCACGGCGAGAAUUAAGAAAUGGAAAUUUGAAGAUGAAAUCUCUUAUCUAAAUAAGUAUUUAGGUGAAAAGAAAAAAGCAGCACAAAACGAAAAUGACGGCCAGAACGAAUGUGACAGUGAAAUAGUUUCUAAUUCCGAUUUUGAGGGAAAUUCUGAAUGCUACAAAAAUGAAAAAGAAGAAAUUGAACACCCAGAAAAUCUUGAACAGUACAUUGUGGCAAUGGAUCCAGCAAAUUUCGCUCGUUCACCAUCACAUAUCGCAAAUAGCAUACAGAAGAAUUCUCAAAAGUGGGUGAACUCGCAACUAAGUCCCUCAUCGUAUGUAACUACAAAUUACUCAGAAGAUGUACCUAAAGAAUACAAAGAACCAGAAGUUACUCAUGAUCAAAUGGAUUUAUUCUUUCUAAGCCUAUCAAAUACAGUCAAAAGCUUCUCGCCAUACUUACAAGCCAUAGCGAAGAACAAAAUAUUCAACUUGGUAUCUGAGUUAGAAAUACAACAGCUAGCUCCAGGUAACAGCAAAAGUAUCUCACAAACGUCAACAGUGCCACAAACUACUAAUUGGCCGAUAACGCAACAGCAACAAAAUACAUCACACGUUAGCGUCAAAAUAGAAAAGUCAGCUGGCGAUUAAAUAAAUGUUUUGCCUCAAAA